UGUAUAUUGAAGUACAAGUAUUGACAAUGGACAUGGCAUAUUUGUGUUUUUUUGUUUAUUUAGAUCUACAUCUGAACUCUGCCAUUAUGACCAAGAAGCUUGAACUUAUAUUUGCUGCAAUUCUGCUACUUGGCUAUGUGGGACUAAGUCAUCAAGCAUGCUGGACCAAGUGGUUUAAUCGAGAUACCCCUGAUAAAACUGGUGACUGGGAGGAUAUGGAUGACCUGAGGAGAGAAAACCCAGGACAAAUUUGCGACAAUCCUUUGGGUAUCCAGGUCGUUACUGUAGACAAUGAGACACCAGCUCAACAGACAGGGCAAACAUUCUACGUGUAAGUUUUAUUUAAAAAGUAAAAAAAAAAAAAA